UGGCGCUGCACGGCUAUUGGCCUGGUUACUGGUACCAUCAGGCCCGAUGGAAGCCUAUGUCUGGGGAAGGGCCCUAGAUCACAAGAAUGCUCAAUUAUGAUGGGGGUGAUGAAGUGAGAAUGAAAAUUAACGUGGAAGGGGUGAAAGAGGUGGAGAUGCAGACUGAUGGGAAAUUGCAGGAUGCGAUCACGGAGGCUAAGGACCGUGCGGAGAAGCGUUGCAGGAUGGACGGAGUGACUGCAAGGUUGCACGUAACAGUCUCAUAUGAUGAGACCGAGACCUCAAUGGACACAGCGGACCAGGAACAGGCCCACGUGGACAGGGAUUCAGGAGGUGAGAGUGAAAUGAGCAAAGCGGGAGACCGGGAGACAGAUCUCAGGUCCUGGAAUAGACCAAGCGAGAUCCAGAGGCAUCACCAGGCCGCGAAGCCGGUGGAAGAGGGACCUGAGGCCAACUCACGACAGCUGACGCCCAGAGGCCGUGGAACGGAUGAGAGGCAGUGCAGGGGGAAAAGAGAGGCCUAAGAAGACGCGAGCGAUGUGCUGGGAGAGCGAACAGAGGUCAACGCGGGUACGCAGAAGUUGAUGAUGUCAACCCGGAGGAAGGUAAGGAGGGUUUUACACGUGUACAAUAGGCCACAGUGAGAGGGUCGUGAGGGAGAGACAACUCCAAGGGACGCGUAAAUACACGUAAGCGGUGUAAGAGAGAGAGAGAGAGAGAGAAGGUGCCUGGCGAGGAAAAGGUUGUGAGUUGGCGUCAUCUGCUCUGGCCCCAUGCCUUCGAGUGAUGAGAAGUGGCUGCAGUGACUUCGGUGACAUCAUCGGCACGAACCCACAGCGACGUGGUCGAGCUCAACAAGGGCUACGCGAAGCUAGUAUGCGACAGAGAAGUGGCAAGCAAAACAAAGCUCUGCAGAUGUA